AUUAGACUAAGUUUAAACUUACCGCCUGACCACCGGUAACAUUUCAACUAAUGUUUGUCAGUUAACGUGAAAAAGUCGAUACCUGUGGUUCAAACUUACCCUCAAACUUCACUUAGCACAAUAGCGUGAACAAAGUUACCGUAUUAAAUUGUUUAUUUUUCAACGAUAAUCUAAUUCUAUGGAAUUUAUUAAAAUUUAGUAUUCAAUCUCAAAAUAAAAAACUCGUUUUUUUUUACUUAAGUAAAAUUUCCAAACUAACAGUUUACUUUUAUCUCUGAAGACGAUAACGUGGUUAUCGAAACGCGUAUCAUUGAUAUUAGUGAAUAGUGGGUUGGUACCAUUGCAUGUUUCUCUAAACAAUGAGCUAGCUUCAUGUACAUUGCCUUUAACCUGUCUACAGGCGUAGAUCAUACUUUUACUGCGUAUUUUUUACCUUUUAAGCUAUGUCUCAGAUAGAGAAACCAAUUAAAAUAUCUAAGCAAUUAAGAUUACGUGUCCAGGAAUUCCUUAUGUGCAGGAAUGAACCCGAUAAAUUACAAGAAAUUGUUCACUAUUUUGAUAAUGGGGCGGAUCAACUUUCAUGUUUGCUAUCAUUAGAGUUGAUAUUUACAAAUAUGCUUAAAGAUAGGGAUAUGUUUAUAGAGAUAAUUCCGCUGAAACCGGUAGAAAAUACGCCCGAAAAUCAAUAUAAACAGUGGCUGAAAUUUAUGUAUGGAGAAAUAUAUGCGAAAAUUUUGAGCACAAUGGAAAAUGGCUCUCAUAAAUUACAGACACAAGGUUUAUCAACUGCUAUGAAUUUACUUUCAUAUGAAGGCAAAUACCCUUUAGAAACCAAAGAAUUUCUCGACAAUUACGUACCACUUAGCAAACUGAAAUCCAUUCUUAUGAAGUUACUUUCAAAUAAGCAAAAUAAUCACCAUUUGAUUAAUAAAUACACUGAAUAUUUGUUGUUUGAUGACAUAUUAUUCUUCACAUGGAAAAUUUUACCUUCUCUAACUGCAAAGUCCAAUCCAAAUGAAAUAUAUAUCUUAAAUUAUUUAUCAUUACUUGAAAAAUUACAAGUGCAUCAAAAUGUUGAAACAAAAAUUCUUUGCGGAGAAGAAAAUGCAAAUUUUUUCACAUUUGAUGAAACAGUAACGGUGAAAUGUUUAAAUAAAAUAUGGCAUUGUGUUAUGCAUUGGGAACAUAGUAUUCAGACUCACAAGCAAAUGUUGAUUUUACUAUUAGAAAAAAUAAUGACGCACCUAGAAAAACCUCUAUUACUCACAGACUUUCUGAUGGAUUCUUUAGACGUUGGCGGACCUAUUAGCCUCCUUGCUCUCCAAGGCAUAUUUACAAUGAUUCAGGUACACAAUUUGGACUAUCCUAAUAUAUUUACAAAAUUGUAUUCAAUGUUCGAACCGGAAAUUUUUCAUACCAAGUAUAAAGCUAGACUGUUCUAUUUAUCAGAUUUGUUUUUGAGUUCUACUCAUCUACCAGAGAAUUUAGUUGCCGCUUUUGCUAAAAGAAUGGCAAGAUUAGCGUUGAUAGCGCCUUCGGAGGAUAUUAUUAUAAUUUGUCAUUUCAUUGGGAAUCUCAUCCUUAGACACCCAGGUAUGAAAUGUUUAUUAAACAAUGUAGAACAUGAUACAGCAAAUACAGAUCCCUACAUAAUGGAAGAAAGAGAUCCAACCAAAUCUAACGCUAUCAAUAGUUCGUUAUGGGAAAUUAAAACAUUACAAAACCAUGUAUUGCCAAGUGUUUCUACAGCUGCCAAAUUCAUAAAUACCCCUCUACCAUCGGUCGAAUGGGAUCUAAGUAAAGUUUUGGAUAAAACUGGGGAUGAUAUGUUCGAUAAGGAAGUGAAAAAGUUCAGUAAAUUGAUAGUUUUACAAUUCGAGAAGCCAAACGGUGCUUCUAUAGGAAGAGGAGAGCGUAUCUUACAAUUUUGGGAAUUGUAAUAAAGUAGCGAUUCAUUUUCUUUUAAUUUACUUUAAUUUUUGCAAUGUUAUAAACCAAUAGAUACAAAUUAUAUUGUCACUUUCUAUAAUCUGUUCAAAUAGUUGAAAUAUUUUAUUUCUGUAUGUUUGUAAGUAUCGGCAAUGUUUCAAGAACACUUUGUAUGUGAAAUAUUAUGAAAUUGAUAAUAUAAUAAGAAAAAAGUCCACAUGCAAUAUCAUUAUUAUCGCACAAUUAAUUAUUUUAUAUAAUAUUGUAGAUUAAAGUGUUCAAUACAGGGUGUUAUAAUUUAUACUAAAGGUUUCUUUAUCUGUUGAAUGGAUAUAUUUUGUUAAACAUCUUGUAUAACACUCGUAGUUUUGUAUUUUAAUGUUGUAUGUUGUUAUUUAAUUUAAAAAUGUUUUCUAUUACGAAAAGAAAAUUUUGAACAUUGCAAAUUUUAAUUUAUUUAUUUGUAAUAUAUUUAAUAGUCCCGAAAAACAUUGUUUAUAGUACAUUCCAGUUUUUAAAUAUUUUGCAUCACACAUUUUGGAGAUAAUUUUUUUUUUAAUUUUUCCAACAAUUAAAUGUACAGGGUAUACCACGAUGAGUUAACGAAAAGUAUUUUCAUUUGAAAUAUUUUUAGUUAGCUACGAUUUUUAAUUAUACAAAUUUCCAACAUUUUUUUUCUUAUUUUUCAUCAUAUUUUCAUAAUAUACAAGAAAUUUCAAUGCAACUAAGGUAAAUGUACCAAUAGUGAGAUGCUUGAGUCUUCAAAUAAACUUACCAACUUUGUUAUCACUUUAUUUAAAAAUUUCAAAACGUUAUUAUAAUAAUAAAAAAUUGAUUUUUAUAAAUAUAAAUUUAAAAACACAUUUAUCCAUGAAAAAUUGAAAAUAUUAUGUUACAAUUUUUCAACAACGGGAAGUCUUUUAUUGAAGAUGUAUGUUAUCCUCCUCUCCUGCUAAUCCUCUACAUGAGCAUUGGAGACCAGGCUUUGGAUUUGACUGAAAGGCACGAUGAACUCUUUUUCAAUGAAUUUCAUUUCUUCACUCUCUCCUGACUCGUACACGUCAUCUAAUGCUUCUAAAUACUCGAUUUCAUCAGUUGGUGAUGUUUUUAAAUCCUUCUUUUCUUCUAUUUCUUUUCUCAUUUUCCUGCUUCUUCUGCUCUAUUCUCUACUUUUUUUCUACAAUAUUCUAUUACUUGAGGUGAAGUGUUCACUUCGAGCAGACUUUUUUAUUUUGGUCUUUUAUUGAGUUUUAUUAUUAUUUAUUGGAUCAUCUGUAGAUGUUGAUGGUAUUGUAUCAUCCGUAGAUGAUACAAUGUUGAUGAUAUUGGAUCCUCUGUAGAUGUUAAUGGUACGGAAUCAUUUGUAGAUUUUGGGGUAUAAUGCCACAAGCUCAAUUCCAUCUACCCGUUUUCGGAAUGACCCAUCGCCAAGUUGCUGCAUUGAAAGGGGAAUUCUACUGUAUCUAAAAACUAUCAUUGGAGACGCUAUUGCUACAGCAGCAUUACCUGUUAAUAACACUGUUAGUUAUAAUUUUUCAUCUGCCUCAAUGCCUGUAUAUACAGAUUUUGAACCCAACAGGAUUAGGGUUAAUGAAGUAGUCUCAAACAAUUUGAAACCAACAGUACAUGUCUCUUUUCGGUAACUAAGCCUCAUGUCGAAGUCAGAUUUUGGCUUGUUUGGGAUAGUGUUUUAGGAAACCCUCAUACCACUUCCUCCUAGGUACAAAAGUUACUAGUCAUUAGAGUUUUCUUGAAGGGUUUCUUCUGGAAAUCCCUUUUUGGGUCUUGUGGAGGGAAGUCCUCGAAAAUCCAAACUGUAGAUCUCAAACUUACCCCUUUAUUAACUGCAUUUAUCGGUUGGGAAAGGUUGAAACAAAUUCCUUCCAUCUAUCCAUCCAUUGUUUAGUUAUUGAGGCAAAUUGUGAUAUUUUUGUUGUGAACAAACUGAAAAUUUGCAAAAAAAUUGAAUAAUUGAAAAUUUUUAGGAGUAGGAUGUUCCGAAUCAAGUGACUGUAAAAACAGGAUGUAUCUUAAUUAGAAAGUUGUAAAGUAAUAAUUAUAUUGUGAAUUUUUGAAAAAUUAUCGUAUACACAAAUUUUAAUUGAGUCAACUCAUCGUAAUACACCUUGUACGGUGGCGAACAAAUUUAGAAAUGUUUAACAAAGUUGUGUCUGUAAAAAAUUUCAUUUCUGAUUUGAUUUAAUCCGGUGAAAUGUUUCUGUGUGGGGAAGAACUGGGAAAAUUCAUAACAUUUGAGAAAAAUGUGAUAAAAAGUGUAUUAAAUAGACUGCUCCUUCUAUUUCUAAUGAAACUAUUUUAGAUGUCUUUUAUUACAUUUCAAUUAAAAUUGGAAUUGGUAAUAUUAUUCUGACGCUAGUUAACAAAUUUAUUCUAUUUUUUCUUUCGUAGUUUCUUUUCUAACUGAUUUGUUAGUUGUAUUUAUUUCUCUUCUGCAUACUUCAUAUUUAAAAUAUUUUUAGUAUAAAGGGUCUAUUUUUCUUCUAUGUAUCUUAUUUUUUGCAUUUCAAGAUAUUCAAUCUUCUUCUCCAACUGUUGUACAAUUAUUCUUUGGUCUCCAUACCUACCUACCUUAAACAUUGUGAUCUUACUACUUUUGCUUGUGAAUGGCUGUCGUUGCAAGAUCUCCUGAUUAUAUUCAUAGUUCCGUUUCACAGGUCUUAGUACAGUUUGGUUUAUAAUUUUUUGAUCCAAAUGUCUCGAAUAAAGUUCAUGAUAUUUUUAUAAUUGUUUCUUUAGUUUCGUUGUUCCUGGUAUUGACAUUUUUUCCUGUAAAUUGUUUUUUAUUUGCAUCAUAUUGUGAUCUUACUACUGUCAAUAGUGGAGGGUUGAAGUUUAGUUGCAAUAUCUCCUAAUUUAUUCGUCCUUCCACUUCAUCCACUUUAUUUACAUGCAAGUUUUAGCAUCUCCUUUUUCAUAAUUCAUAAAUUCAGCUUCACACAGUUCCAUAGGUUCUAUUAGUUUGAAUUUUAAAUAUUACUGUCGUUUUCUUCAUUAUCACUUCUCAUUAUUAAUUAUUUGAAGAUUUGUGAUUGUCUUAAGAUUUCUUCGGUCUCUGGUUCUUCAUAGAACUACUAAAAUAGAAUGUGUCAUGUUAAUAACAAAUCUUACAACACAGAUACCACUCAGCUGCCAAUAUGUAGAAUGUAAUUUUCCCGGUUACACGAACAUUGGUUUCAAUUACACUUUGAUUAUUUGUACUUUUUUCUGUAACGGCAUUGCAAUUACACGGCUGUCAACUUUUAGAAUGCAAUUCUUCCUGAUUAUAAAAGGAAUUAUUCCAUUUACACUUAGGAUAUUUAGAUUUGUUUUAUUGGCUGUAAUUGUCACUACAAAAUGUCAAAAUUUGAAUUAUUUGACUAUUUGUAUUUCAUCAAGAUAUAAUUUUUAAAAUUUUAUAGUGUAGUAGAAAGUUAGAGAGUAGAUAAUUGUAAAUUCGCUCUUAUUUUAAAAAUAAUGUGAUUUUUUCAAAUUUUUUUUAAAUAAACAUGUUUAUUAACAAACAGUAACCCCUAAUGCAAUUAUUGAGUAUCUAAUUAUCAAUUUUUGAUGUUUUUUUUUUAUAUAAUGAAGUGAUAUUUGUACAUGCCUAAAAAUGAAAUUAUUAAAAUUCUUGUACGAUAUUAUUUAAAUGGUAUUACUAAGAUUUUGUUACCCUCCUUUUAAUUUAUCUGUUUGAAUAAACUGUUGCUUUUUUUUAAAAAACAA